UUAAACAGCCAGUUGGACAUUUGGAAAGUUGAACUUCAACUGCAAGCAUGAAUAUCAUUCUAGAUUACUUACUUCUUUUCGCCAUUGCAAUUUAUUCCUUUCUUGAGUCAUUUGUGAAAUUGUUCAUCCCGGUAAAAGGGAAAUCCGUUAGUGGAAAUAUUGUACUAAUCACCGGAGCCGGUCAUGGUAUGGGACGACUCACAGCUUACGAAUUUGCCAAACGCCAGAGUAUUCUCGUUUUAUGGGAUAUCAACAAGCAAGGUGUGGAGGAAACAGCAGAGGAAUGCAGGCAGCUUGGAGCUAUAGCACAUGCUUUUGUGGUGGACUGUAGUAAUAGAUGUAAGAUUUACAGCGCUGCAGAGAAGGUUAAGAAAGAGAUUGGAGAUGUUGAUAUCCUAAUAAACAACGCAGGUGUGAUAUUUGGAGCAGAACUGCUUCAGCUACAUGAUCAUCAAAUUGAGACAACAUUUGAUGUCAACAUCCUUGCUCAUUUCUGGACUGCUAAAUCCUUCCUGCCUGCUAUGAUGAAGAAAAAUAGAGGUCACAUAGUUACAGUGGCUUCAAUAGCUGGUCAUGUUGGAUUAUGUUACCUAGUGGAUUAUUGUGCUAGUAAGUUUGGGGCAGUUGGUUUUCAUGAGUGCUUGACAGCAGAACUUGAAGCCCUGGGGAAAAAUGGAAUUAAAACAUCUUGUCUCUGUCCUGUAUUUGUAAACACUGGAUUUGUUCAAAACCCAAGUACAAGAUUAUGGCCAGUGCUAAAGCCCGAGGAUGUUGUCACACAUCUAAUAGAUGGGAUUUUGACUAACAAGAAGAUGAUUAUUGUGCCCACUUCUGUAAAAUACUCCUUGCUGUUGCAAAAGUUCCUUCCUGAGCGAGUCAUUGCAAAACUCAACAAGAUGCAAGAAGUUGAGUUUUACACCCCUUUGCGUACCAAGAAGGAAUGCAGUGAGAAACAGAAGACUUUUUAAACCUAUUUUUUCACAGAUGUGCAUCAAUACAAAGCUUGUAGCCUGGAAUCAUAGCCAUGUCUAUUUUAAUAUAUAAGCAUUAUUAGUAGAUAACAGACAAAAAACAUUGAUUUAUUCUCCAUGGUGGUU